AUGGCGUUGGGGUUGGCUCCGCGAUUGCUAGCCUUGGCGUUGCUGCAGGAAGGUCUAGCGCAGGACUCCACCAUUUCGGUGUACUUCGGCUCUGGCUGCUUCUGGCACGUGCAGCACGAAUUCAUCAAGGCAGAGCAAACUCUGCUGGGUCGCGAUUCAUCCACAUACACCUCACUGACAGGCUAUGCCGGCGGCAACCGUCUGAACAGCUUCGGGCACGCAUGUUAUGGCGACUAUGGCGGAUUGGGGCAUACCGAGGUGGUGGUGAUGACCAUCCCCAAGCGUACCUUGGCAGACUUUGCGGUAGUCUUCUGGGAUCUCUUUGUGGGCAAGAACCGCGCGGACAUCAUGGACAUAGGCCCCGAGUACCGCGCCGCGAUUGGAGUCCCGGGCGGCUUCACCUCAGAGUAUCUGCAGGUGGUGAACGCGAGCCAAGCAGGCCGGGCGGCUCGCGAUGGCUUCUGGUUUGAGUUGAAGGAGGGUCAAGGCGAUGACCCCGACACCUUGGGGCAGGCUUUGGUCUGGGUCUAUGAUACUGAGAGAUAUCCCUUUUAUCAGGCGGAAAUCUACCAUCAGUUCCAUGACGACUUCAUGCCUGGGGGCAACUAUCCACAGAGCUACAACGCGCUCCAAACUGAGCUGUUGGAGGAUGGGCGCAUGGUGCGGACUCAAUGCCAUAGGGACCAGGUGGAGUCCAGCGCAGCGUUUUAUCCGAUGAUCCUUGUGGGGAUGCUGGUCAGCCAAAUCUAG